UAUGCGUUAUCUUUCUCUCUAUAUCUUUCUUACAAACCCUAAUUUUCUGAAACCCUAAUCGCUCUACAAACUCUAGCUUCCAUCCUUCAAUCUUUCUCCGAUCUCUCAAACCCUAGAUUUCAGAAACCCUUAUCUUUCUAACCGUAGCUUACGAUCAUCAUUUCCGCCUCCGAAAUCCUCGAUAUUUUCCCCGAAUCUUGAAACCCUAGGCAGCUGUGGCUCGUCUUCUUCGGUAGAAAUGGUCGGAGGAGGAAAUAGGAGGGACGAUGGGCCCAUCGGGAUAAACAGCACGAACGUUUUCGCCGCCCUCGACAGUCUCCGCAGGAAGAAGAAAUCGGACGGCUCAUCGAAGAGCAAAGGAUCGUCGAAGAAGGAAACCGAGCCUGCCCCGGUGUUCUGGGCCCCAGCGCCCCUGACAGUAAAAUCAUGGGCUGAUGUGGAUGAUGAUGACGAUUACUACGCGACCACUGCACCGCCUCAGUCGGUUUGGGGAUCAUCAGUAGAGGCGCAGCAGCAGCAGAGUAAGGAGAGUGAGGUGCUGGUAGAGGAAAGUGAAAGCGAAGAGGAUGGUCUUGAUGAAGAAGAUGAUGAUGUUGAUGAAGAUCAUGAACCGGAGCCUGAGGUUCCUGUAACUACUGAGCUGGUGGUAAAGAAGCCUCCAUCAGCUUCUCUGGUACCCAAAGAUACAGAAAGGCAGCUUUCAAAGAAGGAAUUGAAGAAAAAGGAGCUUGCAGAUCUUGAAGCAAUCUUGGCUGAGUUGGGGAUCCCCAAGAAAGAGACAAAUGGCCAAGCUGGUGUUGCGGAAGGGAGGAUAGUGGAGGAACCCAAUGGAGAGAUGGAAAAAAAGGAGAAUGUCCCAACUCUGACAGAGAGCAAAAGUGCGAAGAAGAAGAAGGCGAAGAAGGACAAAUCCACCAAGGAAGUUAAAGAUCAACAGGACCAACCAAAUGGAUCUGACAACAACAUACCUGAAGAUGCAACUUCAGCAGAGCCAGCAGAAGAAGACACAUCCGCCAUCGAUAUGAAGGAACGGCUAAAGAAGGUGGCUUCCAUGAAGAAGAAGAAAUCUAGCAAAGAGGUUGAUGCUGCUGCCAAAGCAGCUGCAUCUGAAGCUGCUGCAAGGUCUGCAAGGCUUGCUGCUGCUAAGAAGAAAGAGAAGAACCACUACAACCAACAGCCAGUGCGGUAAGCCUGUUUUUGCCAUGUGUACCCAUCCACCUUGUUCAUUUGUUGAAUGCGAAAUAAACAGCGGGCUCUGGAUUCGCGUAGAUGACCUUACGUUAUUGCUCUGGUUUACUUGGAAAAAGAAAAUCUUUUUUUCUCUCUCGUUUUGGAAUAUCUAUCAUGCCACUGUGAAGUGUCAUAUGAGCUGUGACAUAAUGUUUCCGGAUAUUCUGCUUUUGCAACAUCUUGUGGAUUUUACUUCAAAUCAGUUCUUGCCUGUUACUCA